CCGUUGCGCACGCGCGGCGGGCUGAUCGCCCGGCUCUCCGUGCGGGUAGCCUUAGGGCCGCGUCGCGUCGCGCUCGGCGCAUGCGCUAUGGCGGCGGCGGCGUCGAUGGCGGCCCCGGCGGCCAUGUCGGGCGCGGUGCCGCUGGCGCUGCUGUGGCUGUUGGCGUCGCCGCUCCUCCGCGGCGCCGGGGGCUCGGAGGCGGUCGGGGCAGCGGAGCCGGCGGGAGGCGCGGGCCCUGGGGAGCGGUUUAAGAUCGAGGGCCGGGCCGUGGUGCCGGGCGUGAAGCCCCAAGACUGGAUCGCGGGGGCCCGGGUGCUCGUGGACGGGGAGGAGCACGUCGGCUUCCUCAAGACAGAUGGAAGUUUUGUGGUUCAUGAUGUACCUUCAGGAUCUUACGUAGUAGAAGUGGUAUCUCCUGCUCAUAAAUUUGAGCCUGUUCGAGUUGACAUAACUUCAAAAGGCAAAAUGAGAGCAAGGUACGUGAAUUACAUCAAAACCUCUGAAGUUGUCAGGCUGCCAUACCCACUCCAGAUGAAAUCUUCUGGACCUCCUUCAUACUUCAUAAAGAGAGAAUCUUGGGGAUGGACAGACUUCCUCAUGAACCCUAUGGUGGUGAUGAUGGUUCUUCCAUUACUGAUAUUUGUGCUUUUGCCUAAAGUUGUCAACACCAGUGAUCCUGAUAUGAGACGGGAAAUGGAGCAGUCAAUGAACAUGCUGAAUUCUAACCAUGAGCUGCCUGAUGUCUCUGAGUUCAUGACAAGACUGUUCUCUUCAAAAUCUUCCAGCAAGUCUGGUAGUAGCAGCAGUAAAGCAGGAAAAAGUAGUUCUGGAAAAAGGAGGUAGUUAUGUCCUCCUCCUAGGCCUGAGUUUGCACAACUGUUUAUGUGGUAUCAUGUUUAAUUGUCUUGAAAUAUCAAAAAGCCACUACUGUAAACUUCUAUCAGGCACAAAAUAUGGUAUGCUACAACUGUGGUGUGUAGCUUUUUUUUUAAAGUCUAUAUAAGCUGCUUUGUACUUGACAGUAAGCAAAAGAGGACAUGGCUUCAGUACUGUAUAUGUAUAAAAUUAUUGGUAAUACUGAAUUAACUAUAAUGCUCUGUAGAGAAUGAUAUAAAUUAUAUGAUGUCUAAACAGUAAUUAAUGUCUCAAUUGCAAGGCAAUGUAAAAAAAAUAGAAGUGGAGUUCAAUGUUAAGAUGGCUCUAAUGUUUUAUAUUUUUUGUUGAUUUCUGAAAUGAACAAAACCUCCUUUCAAAAUUGAGUUGUGGGUUUAUUAAGUAAUUUGCUCAACCUGCCAGGUAUUACAUAUAAAAUCAUUUUAUUUUUA